GUUAACAUGAUCUUGUACAAAAAGGCCUUUUCGCGCGCGGGAACACGAUCCGCUGCUGUUUGUUAUCGUAUUUCUCAACAAAAUUGUUUAAUAUUGAAAAGAGUGAAUAAAAUUAUACAAAAUGACUUCAAAUAAGCACUUUUUCGUUUUACAAGAUCCACCAAAAUCGGAAUCUACGGAAGAAGACCUCAACAUCGUCACGUUCCGAAAUCCGGCAACGGGCAAAUCAUGCAAAUAUCUUUUGCGCAACGAGAACCGGGACCUAUACGAGCUGUGCUGCUUCUCGGAGCCGAACCGGUCAUGGUUUAUCAACGACACGGUUUGCUCCAACGGGAAAAUCUUCUUUCCAACCCGUGUGGAUCCUUUGUUUCUGGUCAUCCCUUACUUGGAGAAGAGCUGCACCAGCAAGGCCGUUCCGUUGGACCAGUUUCUGGUGGACGAUGAGUUCCCGCACACGACGAAGCUGGUCAACGUUCUUGCGGCGGGAGCUCAGUUGAGCAUGAUUGCCGAUGAGAAAAAAGCCGGAGACAUUCGGGCGUACAAAUUCAACGAGGAAAAGGUCAUGGAUUGGCUCAAGCGGAAGUGCACCCGGUUGGAGAAGGCACUCGGGGUGGAGCGCAAGUUUGCCCGGUCACACAACUUUGUCAAGGAGGAGAAGGAGAACGAAGUGGACGUGAAGGGUGAAAUGAUGCACUACGCUCACGGGAUCAUUUCGGAUUAUUUGAGUCUGGAGUUGAGCAAGAAGCUGGCCACCGUUAUUGGGCUUCCGGAGGAGAAGGUCGUCAACAAGCGGAAGUCGACGGUGGAGUUGGAGGCCAACCAGAUCAAGAAAAUUAAGAAGGAGGAAAGCUACGAAACGACUCCGAUCAAGAGUGUCGAUAAAAAGGUAAGUGCCAGAUCGAAGGCCCUCGCGAAGGCGGCCAGCGGAACGAAAAGUAUUUCCAGCUUUUUCAAGAAGUGAACUCCUUUAUUGUUUUGUUGUUUCUAUUGUGAAGCGUCGGUUAAAUUAACUUAAACAAUAUAAUAUGGCUAACAUUGAAA